GUUUUGAUGUGAAAUGGAGGACAAUAUCGAUAUUAAUUCGGCAGAUUAAUGUCAAAAUAUGAACCUUUUCCGCUCUUGAUCUCUUUCAAAAUGAAGACUAGAUCGAGGUGUGCAAAUCUCAUGGAUGAUGACAGGGAGACUGAAACUGACGAAAGCUCCCUGACUAUUUCAUCCUCCAAGAGAAGAAAGUGCAUCUCCAAUAAGAUGGUUGAUCAUAUACAAAAGUAUACCAGAAAUGGUUUGCCCAAGAUUGCAGACUUGCCGCAUUCCAUAAAGCGAGAAUUAGAGACAAGCAGAGACACAGAUCAAAAGUCUGGCAUUUCUCCGCACUCUAAUUCGAAUGACACGUUUGCCAAUGAAGACGAGAAACAAAAUGUUCGCCGUAGUACCCGCCAGCGCAAGUUCAUGUAUGACAACCUCAACCAGACAUGGCUCUUGGCACCUAGUAUCCCUGAGUUCUCCUCCAAGUUUGAGUCCCUCUUUGCAAGGGACCCACAGAAUUCUUCGAGAGAGGACGGGCCUGUUCGCAGAUCAGUUAGAAAUCGUAGUUAUGAGCUCAGAAGGCUCGGCCUCACUGCAGAGGGUUUAGAAUUUGAAGACAUGUACAGUAGAGUAAAGCGCAAGAGAAGAAAAACUGUUCACAGUUUUUACACCAGGCGCAUCUCACAGGAUGCCGGGAGCAUGGCUGACACAGAAGAUACUGAUCGAAGAGGGCUGUCAGAUUCAGAUACCAUCGAUGACCAAAGUGACCUUGAAGGAGGUAAUUUAUCAUUUUUUAAAUUUCCUGCUGGGAUAGCUGUGGGAGAAUCCCAAGAAGAUACAGUUGUCCAUGGACCUAGUGCUGUGAACGGCCCUAAAUACUCUUUGAGACCUAAGAAACCUAUUACAAAAAGAUUCCAAUUUCCUAUACAGCCAGUUAGGCCGAGAAGAUCUGCGGGUGCGAGUAUCUUCGAAGCAACCCACUCCAGACCCAGGGAAAGUUUCAAAAGUACGGCACAUCGAACUCACAUAUUCAGGAGAAAAAGACAUGCUAUCCAUAACAGUUCUUCCAGCAGUUCCAGUGAUGAUGAGAGGCGCUUUGAGAAAAGGAAAGCAUUUAGCAUGGCCAGAGCCAGAAACAGGUGCCUUCCACUAAACUUCGUUGAAGAAGACCUCACAAAGGGAGCAUUGCGUGACCGCAUAAAAAUUGGGAGUAGUUUGGCAGACAUAGACCCAAUGGCCAUUGAUAAGACAGUGACUUUUGAACACAUUGGAGGCCUAGACAAGCACAUCCAGUCCCUAAAAGAAAUGGUGUUGUUUCCUUUAAUGUAUCCUGAAGUGUUUCAGAGGUUCAACAUUACUCCGCCACGAGGGGUAUUAUUUUAUGGACCUCCAGGUACUGGCAAAACCCUGGUGGCUCGAGCUCUGGCCAAUGAGUGCUGCAGUGGUGAUAAACGUGUUGCCUUCUUCAUGCGUAAGGGAGCUGAUUGCCUCAGCAAAUGGGUUGGUGAGUCCGAGAGACAACUGAGACUCCUUUUUGAUCAAGCAUACACCAUGCGACCUGCUAUCAUCUUCUUUGAUGAGAUCGAUGGUCUGGCUCCUGUGCGUUCAACUCGUCAAGACCAGAUUCACAGUUCCAUUGUCUCUACACUAUUGGCUUUGAUGGAUGGCCUGGACAAUCGAGGAGAGAUAGUCAUCAUUGGUGCCACCAACCGACCUGAUGCCAUUGACCCUGCUCUCAGGAGGCCUGGUCGCUUUGACAGGGAGCUGUCUUUUUCCUUGCCCUCAUAUCAAUCUCGAGAAAAAAUCCUGAACAUCCUGACGGGAGCUUGGGUUCCCUCUCUGCCACGGCAACUGAUCUCGGAGUUGGCAGCACGAACGGCCGGCUAUUGUGGGGCUGACCUGAAGGCACUCUGUUCAGAGGCAGGCCUAGUGGCCUUACGCAGGCGAUACCCACAGAUCUACCACUCAAAGCAAAAAUUGAUGUUAGAUGUAGAAACAAUUCAGGUACAACCAGUGGAUUUCUUAAGUGCUCUCAAGAAGAUGAAACCUUCCAUGCAUCGGACUUCAGUAGUCUCUGCUAGGCCCCUGCCCAUCCUCUUGAAGCCCUUGCUUGAAGCCAUGCUACAAAAUGUCCUCUUCAAGAUUUCUAAAAUAUUUCCUGUUUUUUCCCUGGUUGAAAAUGGAAAUUCUUGGCCUGCAUCUGUCAUAGACACCAACAUUGAAGACAAUUGCGUCUACCAUGAAGCACUUCCAAGGCUGAACCAUGUUUCAAAAACCAAGUUGCCAUCAGAAGCUGCAUCACGUCUUUCAGGGUUUUCCCCAUUGGUUCAUAGGCCAUACUUUCUGUUGUCUGGAAGGGAGGGUCAAGGACAGGGGGUCCUAGCUCCAGCUGUCCUUUACCUCUUAGAAAAUGUCUCCAUUCAUCGACUAGACAUUCCAACCCUGUAUGCAGUCACUUGUAGGUCAGCUGAGGAGUCCUGUGCUCAGAUAUUCCAUGAGGCUCAGCGAGAUCUGCCGAGCGUGAUCUUCUUGCCUCAUAUUGGGUACUGGUGGGAGACUUUGUCAGAGACUGUGAAGGCCACUUUCCUGUCCCUGCUUCAGGAUCUCGAUCCAUCGACUCCCCUCUUGCUCUUUGCCACCAGCGAUGUAUCAUUUGGGGAACUUCCGCCGAGGAUCCAAGAGAUAUUUGGAGCCUCGGCAGACCAGGUGUUUUGUAUGCGUAACCCAACACAUGAUGAGAGACGGAGCUUCUUCUCCAACUUAGUUCAUGAGAUCUACAAACUGCCUCAGAAAGCUCCUGUGGAGAAACCUGCUGAAGAAGAAAUUCUACCUGUCGCUCCUCCUCUUCCUGUUUCACGCAAGUUGACUGCCGAAGAGUUAGAGCGUCUUCGACAAAGAGAAGAAGCCACUCUGAGGGAACUGCGUGUGUUCCUAAGGGACAUUCUCACCAAACUAGCUAGGGAUCGCAGGUUCUCAGUGUUCUCGAGGCCUGUGGAUCCUGAAGAAGUUCCAGACUAUCAAGAAGUAAUCAAGAACCCAAUGGACUUGGAGACUAUGAUGACAAAGAUUGACCGUCAUCGCUAUGAAACAGUUGCACAAUUUUUGAGUGACAUAGACUUGGUUUGUCAGAAUGCUCUCGAGUACAACCCGGAUAGAGAUCCUUCAGAUAAGCUAAUCCGUCACCGAGCUUGUGCUUUGAAGGAUGCAGCUCAUGCAAUUGUGCUGACAGAAUUGGAUGAUGAGUUUGAGAAGAUUUGCCAGGGUAUCCAGGCUGCUCGUAAAGAAAGAGGGGAAGUUUCGUCAAUUGCUCUGCCGGAGCGUGCUGUGCCAGUAGAACGUACGUGUGCUGUCCCAGAGGAGAAACGAAAUGAAGGGAAGGAAAAUGGACUCCCUUCCCCCACCCGCUUUAGCAAACGCAUCAGGAGUAUGGGUGGCUUAGAUGGACAGUCACCUGCCAAAAGCUUCACGUCACCCAAGAGGACCUCAAGAUACAUGAUCUGGCGUCGGAGGAAGUCUCCCUGGUUCGGAAGUUGUAGACGAAAACUGAUCCGGCGCAAAAUCAAGUGUGCAGGGUGUCCCAAGAAAAUGAAACUCCAGUCUGGAGGAGCCAAGUUUGUAAAAACGUCAGAUCCAGUGCAGCAGGAGAGCAAGGUACCAGAGCCCUCAGGUGUAGAGGAUCGAAAGGAUGCCUCUGGAACAGAUUCCUCUGCUACUACAGUGGUCUCUCCGGCUCUCCAUUCUCCAGAGCCCCAUCGUGGCCCAGGGGAACACCCCACUUCCCCCAAAAAGUGUCAAUCUUCCUGUGAUAUAUCCAAAGAGUCGAAUUGCUCGAGGAACUGGAAUGGUGGUUUCUCGACCAGACAGAUGGAUUCUGCCUCAGCAGACGAUCAAUCAUGUGCCGACCUCACCUCAGAUGUUUGUAGUAUCAACAUUGACCCUAUGUCUCUAGACUGUUUGGUGUCGCAAAUUGUGCGUUUCACCGAGAACUAUCCAGUGGAAAAGCUACAACAGCUCUAUUCUAUGCUCCAGCAAUGUGUCUACAGGCACCGACGGCGCCAUGACAAGAAAGAUCUCUUAAAGGAGAUGGAACAGAGCUUAGACAGCUUCCUUCACUACAAACCAUCCUAG